UCGAUGCAAAAAAGAAAAAAAGAAAAAGACGGUUUGGUAAAAGCCGAUUUGAGAUUUGAUUUUGUGUGCUAACAUCCACGCUUACGAGUUACGACCUUCAAUCUCAUUUCUCUCUCCAACCGGAGUAAGAAAACGCAGAAUCCAAGCGGCAGAUUCUUGAAUUUAGUUUCUGACGCGAGAAUUGGAGACGGUUUCGGAGAGAUCAUUGUUAAUUCAUAGAUAGAGAGAGCUGAGAGUGAUCGUAUGAUCGUAUGAUCACUCUCAAUUUUUAGAGAGCGAGAACAAUUGAGGGAGGAUUAGAAGAUGAUGCAGAGACGGAGUCCACCCAAGCAUAGACAUGAUGGGACUUCUCCGCUGCCUUUGGGGAUGGAUUGGAGUCCUCCACCUCGAAAAUGGAGUGGGCGGGAUACCAUUUGGCCACAUGAUCCUAGAUCGGGAUGGAGUUAUUGUGUCACCAUACCUUCUUGGGCUGUUCUGCCAAAAUCAAGAGAUUCAGAUCCUGUAGUGUUUUACAGGGUUCAGGUUGGUGUGCAAUCACCAGAAGGGAUUACAACAACACGCGGAGUGUUGAGAAGAUUUAAUGAUUUUCUGAAGUUAUUUGCUGAUCUUAAAAAAUCAUUUCCUAAGAAAAAUCUUCCACCAGCUCCACCCAAGGGACUACUACGAAUGAAAAGCAGGGCUCUUUUGGAAGAGAGAAGGUGCUCUUUGGAGGAGUGGAUGACAAAGCUGCUAUCUGACAUUGAUUUAUCACGAAGCGUGGCAGUCGCAUCUUUUCUUGAACUAGAAGCUGCUGCGAGGUCUUCAUUCCAGGAUCUAAAUCAGCCUUCAUCAGAGACAAGUCCUGCUGUUGAUACCACACCUUCACUUCAGAUACCUCCACCUUCAUCUUCUUCUGUGGUUGUUGGUAGUUCUUCAGUUACAUCAGAUUAUGGUAGUGAUACUGCUUAUGAGACAUCAGAGCUUGGAACACCAAGGUUAGGAAGGGAUGGACAUUUUGAAAUUGGAACCGAGGAUCUAAUAUUGGAUGAAGAUUUGACAAAUCCAAUAGAAAAGCUUGUGAAGUAUGGCGUGUCUAACAUUGAUGAGGGGCUUUUCAUGGGACAGACUAUUCUGGAGCAGCUUGAAGGUUAUCCAAGGCACAAACCGCAUGACAGACAUGUGAAUAGUAUCAUAGGGAAGGAUAGAUAUAAUGGAAAUGCUUCUAAAGCCUCAUUUCUUGCUGGCAAUGGGAUGGAAAUUUUCUCUGAGCCAGAGCCUGGCAAGGGUUUUGAUCAUAUUCGGAGGUUAUCUAGUGAGAGUGUUGGAAGUGAUGGAAGUUCUCUUAGAGCCAGUGAAAUAUCGAACUCUGGCAUACUAAAUUCACCUGGUGACGGAUCGUUUGACCUUCCUGGGGGUGCUGAGGUUCUUAAUGUGGCAGGAAUUCUUGGCAGUGCAGAGUUGCAACUUACAGGUGAUGCACAGAUAGUCCUUCCGUUCGAUCAGCGUCAUAAAAUGAACAGGGUUCUAACCGCCAUGCAGCGGAGGUUAGCCACAGCAAAAACAGACAUGGAGGACCUUGUAGCGAGAUUAAAUCAAGAAAUAGCUGUAAAAGAUUAUCUUACAACAAAGGUCAAGGAUUUGGAGGCAGAACUUGAAACUACCAAACAAAAAAAUAAAGAAAAUCUGCAGCAGGCUAUUUUAAUUGAGAGAGAAAGGCUUACACAAAUGCAGUGGGAUAUGGAGGAAAUGAAGAGGAAAUCAUUAGAAAUGGAACUGAAAUUGAAGUCUAAAAAGGAUGAAAAUUCAAGUGCAGAAUUAAAAGUGGGAUCCCCUUAUCAGGAGAAAGACGCAGUGUUGCAGGAGUUAGAUGCAACUAGAAAGGAGCUUGAGAAUUUAUCAAAACAGUACGAGGAGCUAGAAGCAAAAUCAAAAGCAGAUAUUAAAUUUUUGGCUAAAGAGUUCAAAUGCCUAAAACGUUCUCAGGCAGAACUGAAGGAGAAAUUCGGUCAAUCACUGAAGGAGAAAUCUGAAGUCGAGAAACUUCUUCAAGUGGAAAGAGAGAUGAGUAUGCAUGAGAAAAACGCUCAAAACAUGCUGCUACGUUAUUGCUGGACUCUUUGCAACAAGAUUAAAGAGUGCAACCUUUAUUUGCCUAGUGAGGAGGAUGAUAAUUUUUUUAUGGAAUCCUCAGUUGCAGAUGCUUUAGAUUUGUUAUCUACAUCUGAUGACCAAAUUGGCCUUCUACUUGCAGAGGCACAAGCUUUAUUUGAAGAUGGUAAAAUCGCUGCCUCUGCGGAUGAUGAUGUGGGGGCGACAGAUCCAGAGUUGAGAAAGAUGCUGGCAAAUAUAUUUACUGAUAAUGCUAAUCUAAGGAAACAGGUGAAUUCUGUCAUCCGUAAUGUACUUCAUACAUCCAGGAAUAGUGAUGAGCCUCCAACAAAAAUCGAUCAUGUAGAAAGGGGACUCAAAUGAAGGAAUGAAGCAUCAGGUCAAGUCUCCCAUCACCCACCUGAGUUAAAAAGAAAAGUACAAGGAGAUAAUAAAACAGGCAUGAUAAUGGUACUACAAAUGUCAUUACCUUGACCUCUGGCAAGCCAAUAACACAUGCACAUUCGACAACUUCAGCCCCCAUACGUUCUAAGAAGACAUCAUUAUGACACAUAAUAUGUGAGAAUAAGCCAAAUAGUCUUUAGACAGUGAAUAAAGGUGAGAUGGUCAAGGCCAAGUUUACC